AGCUGCCUUGUAAACAUACACCAAUGACCGAUCGAUCGUCAGGAACAGCACGCGAUUUCGUCGAAUCGUACGUCAAAGACAAAGAUUUGGAAAAUUACCUUUCCGAAAACCAGCCACAAUACGAUCCAAACAAAGCAACGCCCACUCCUGUUGAAGAGGCAGCACCGGCAACAUCAACAACAUCGGAAAAAACAAAUGACAGCAGCAAACCAACUUCGACAUUUAACUUUCACGAACGAUCAAAGAAUCCGUUUGCGAGUGAAGAACAAAAAAAGACAGUAGAGUCACCACAGAAACAGAAUGUAAUGUGGGUUGUACGAGACUUCAUGGACCAGAAAAAGGAAAUCCAUGAAGCAGCGUUAGAUAACUGUGCCGACCUGCACUCGGAGCUUUUGACGUGCUUCAAGGAUGGCAGCUGGUGGGAUAAAGCAAAGAUGUGUGAACACCAAAAACAGAAAUUCUGGGAUUGUUACAAAAAGCAAAAGGUAAAUGCCACGAUAUUUGCAUUUUAGUCUUUUGUGUGUGCACAGAACAAACAGUUUGCUCGUUGGAUCUGGGGAAUCAAACUGAAAUUCGCGAGCGAAUAGGAAUUCCUGAAAACUGCCAACUAUCGAGGCCCAGAGAAUACGCCGGAGCAGGACUCCAAGAUCUUCCGCGACGCUGUCCUUCUUUCGCAAGAAAACAAAGCUCAAGAUUCUUCCGCAUAGCAGCAAACAGCAGAUAAUUGAAUUGUAUAUUAUUUACCUUGUUUUUUUUUCCCGCGCACACACACACACACACACACACAAAGCAACACGCACGCCAACAUCUGUAAAAUAUAUUCCCCCUUUUCAUUAUCAC